AUGUAUGGAGGGAGGAAAGCAAUUUCCGCACUCAAUUUUACGGAUCAUCAUGCUGUGGAUGAUCGUUAUGAGGGAACAUUGACACCGACUCUUUUGAAUGGAUCGGGAUUGAAUCAACAAAAACGACACAACAGGGACAAUUUUUCGAAUAAGGGACGAACACGAUUCUCUUCUUUGCAUGCAGAACGUUCUCCGAAAUACUCCAAGGCAUCCAUCAUGGAGCAAGAUCACGAAAUGUUUAGCAAUGCAAAAAAGUGGAAGUCUUCUGUGCUGUUGAUGGAAGUUAAAUUGAAAGAAUUAGUUGAGAAAGCGCUUGAGAGUCCUGCAAAAUAUAAAAACUCGGCCUCUUGA